UGACUCCUUAUUGCUGUUUCAGGGACAGGAUCUGUUUGCAAAAAUGGGCACUGAUUUCCCUGAGAUGGAGAUGAUUCCCUUGGACAGCAGACAGAGGCCACUAGGUGACUGGAUGAUGCUGGCAGCACCUCCUCAGCCAUCUCCUCUUCACAGUGGAGGGGAAGCAGCUUCUGUGGCACUGGAACAGGGUUCAGCAUCCUUUGAGGAUGUGGCUGUGCAUUUCACAGAUGAGGAAUGGGCACUGCUGGAUCCGGACCAGAGAGCUCUGCAUACAGAAGUCAUGGAGGAGACCUGUGGGAUCUUGGCCUCUCUUGACGGUGGAGAAUUGGAAAGCAGAAAUAAGAGAAACUGCUACGAAAUCUAUACAGUGGGGGAACCAUAUAAAUAUUGGGAGUGUGGAGAGAGCUUCAAUCAGAGCUCCCUUCAAAUAAUUCAUACAGGGGAGAAACAAUUUCAGUGCUUGGAAUGUGGAAAGAACUUCAUUCGGAGCGACCAUCUCACUUCCCAUCAAAGAAUUCAUACAUGCGAGAGACCAUAUCAAUGCUUGGAAUGUGGAAAAAGCUUCAGGUUGAAACAUAAUCUCACUUCCCACCAAAGAAUUCAUACCGGGAGGAAACCGUAUCAGUGCUUAGAAUGUGGAGAGAGCUUCCGCUGGAAGAGAAGUCUCACUUCCCAUCAAGGAAUUCAUACAGGGGAGAAACCAUACGAAUGUUUAGAAUGUGGAAAGAGCUUCAGUCGGAGACACCAUCUCACUUCCCACCAAAUGAUUCACAGUGGGGAGAAGCCCUAUCAGUGCUUGGAAUGUGGGAAAUGCUUCAGCCAGAGUUCACAUCUCACGACCCAUCAAAUAAUUCACAGCAAGGAGAAACCAUUUCACUGCUCGGAAUGUGGAAAGAGCUUCAGUCGGAGCAGCCAUCUCAUCCUCCAUCAAAUGAUUCAUACAGGAGAAAAACCGUAUCAGUGCUUGGAAUGUGGGAAGAGCUUCCGCUGGAAGGAAAGCCUCACUUCCCAUCAAAGAAUUCACACUGGGGAGAAACCAUAUCAGUGCUUGGAAUGCGGGAAGUGCUUCAGUCGGAGCAGCAGUCUCUGUUACCAUCAAAGAAUUCACACAGGGGAGAAGCCAUAUCAGUGUUUGGAGUGUGGGAAGAAUUUCAGUCAGACCUCCCACCUGUAUUCCCAUCAAAGGAUUCACACAGAGGAGAAGCAAUUUCAGUGCUUGGAAUGUGGUAAAACCUUCAACUUUAAGAAAAACCUCACUUCCCAUCAAAGAAUUCACACAGGGCAGAAACAAUAUAAAUGCUUGGAAUGUGGAAAGUGUUUCAAAGACAGUGGGAGUCUCAGUUCCCAUCAAAAAUGUCAUACAGGGGAUAAAAUGGAUGAGCAAAACUCAGCUGGCUCUGAAGCAGGAAGAGGCCGCAGUGCCAUCAAACCAGGGAGCUCUGGAGUAUUCUGGAAAAACUCAGUGCAGGAGGUCCUAGGUGAGGAUGCCCUCAGUUCAGAUGUGCAGCGGCAGCAGUUCAGACAUUUCUGCUACCACGAACCCCAAGGACCCCGAGAGGUUUGCAACCAACUCCACCAUCUUUGCCGCCAGUGGCUGAAGCCAGAGCAACACACAAAGAAUCAGAUGCUUGAUCUGGUCAUCCUGGAGCAGUUCCUGGCGGUCCUCCCCCCGGAGAUGCAGAGCUGGGUGAGGGAAUGUGGUGCAGAGUCCAGCUCUCAGGCAGUGGCCCUGGCUGAAGGUUUUCUCCUGAGCCAGGCAGAGGACAGGAAGCGGGAACAACAGGAUCUGCUUGCAAAAAUGGGCACUGAUUUACCUGAGAUGGAGAUGAUUCCCUUGGACAGCAGACAGAAGCCACUAGGUGACUGGAUAAUGCUGGCUGGACCUCCCCAGCCAUCUCUUCUUCACAGUGGCAGGGAAGCAGCUUCUGUGGCACUGGAACAGGUUCCAGCUUCCUUCGAGGAUGUGGCUGUGCAUUUCAUGGAUGAGGAAUGGGCACUGCUGGAUCCUGACCAGAGAGCUCUACAUACGGAAGUCAUGGAGGAGACCUGUGGGAUCCUGACCUUACUUGGAGGUGGUGAAUUGGAAUGCAAGACUAAGGGAGACUAUUACAAAAUCUAUACAGUAGGGGCGCAAUGUAAAUAUUGGGAGUGUGGACAGAGUUUCCGCCAGAGCUCCCUUCAUGGAAUUCAUAAAGGGGAAAAACAAUAUCAGUGCUUGGAAUGUGGAAAGACCUUCAAUCGGAGGGACCAUCUCACUUCCCAUCAAAUAAUUCAUACAGGCAACAGACCAUAUCAGUGUUUGGAAUGUGGAAAAAGCUUUAGCUUGAAACAUAAUCUCACUUCCCAUCAAAGAAUUCAUACAGGGAGGAAACCGUAUCAGUGCUUGGAGUGUGGGGAGAGCUUCCGCUGGAAGAAAAGUCUCACUUCGCAUCAAGGAAUUCAUACAGGAGAGAAGCCAUAUGAAUGCUUAGAAUGUGGAAAGAGCUUCAUUCAGAAGGAAACACUCACUUCCCACCUAAAAAUUCAUACAGGGGAGAAACCAUAUCAAUGCUUAGAAUGUCGAAAGUGUUUCAGUCGGAGAGAUCAUCUCACCUCCCACCAAAUGAUUCACAGUGGGGAGAAGCCCUAUCAGUGCUUGGAAUGUGGAAAGAACUUCAGUCAGAGUUCACAUCUCAUGACCCAUCAAAGAAUUCACAGCAAGGAGAAACCAUUUCACUGCUUGGAAUGCAGAAAGAGCUUCAGUCGGAGCAGCCAUCUCAUGUCCCAUCAGAUGAUUCAUACAGGAGAGAAACCAUAUCAAUGCUUGGAAUGUGGAAAGAGCUUCCGCUGGAAGGAAAGUCUCACUUCACAUCAAAGAAUACAUGUAGGAGAGAAACCAUAGAAGCUGUAGAAGCUGGGGGUCAGUGGACCUGGCAGGGCUGCUAAGAAGUCACAGAGGUGUGCUGCAAGUAGCCAUUGACAGCCUCCUCCAUGAAUUUAUCCAAUCCCCUUUUACAAACAUAUGAAUUGAUGGCUGUCAAUACUUCUUGUAGGUAGGGGUGAAUUCCAUAGUUUAAAUGUGUCCUUCAUCGACCUUCCUGCUGUUUUGAAAGGAGGGC